GUUUCUCAUUGCAGGGUGAGAGCUCUGAGUUCCGGUGUAAGAGAAAAGAGACGUGGCGAAAUUGCUGUAUAUCUCUGCCCUAUAAGCACAUCUCUCAUUUAGACUGAAGGGAAACAAGGCAUCAAAAAGGCUGCGCAAACCAUGCAGGAUGAUUUACUGAUGGACAAAAGCAAAGCCCAGCCCCAGCAGCAGCGGCAGCAACAGCAGCAAGAUCCAAACUCAGCAGAAGCCCCCUCUACGCCCAUCUCGUCGGAGACACCCAAACCAGAAGACAACAGUUCAGUGACUAGUAUCGGCACAUCGGCUCCUUCCCAAAAUAGCAAGGAGAAGAUGCAAAUGGAGUCUCCCAUUUUGCCUGGCUUGAGCUUUCACCAGCCUCAACAAGAACCUGCAGCUGGCACCUCCUUGUCUCCUUCCUUCGGCAGCACUUGGUCUACAGGGACCACAAACACGGUGGAUGAUAGCUUUUUCCAAGGGAUUACUCCAGUCAAUGGGACAAUGCUUUUCCAGAAUUUUCCACAUCAUGUCAACCCUGUAUUUGGUGGCACUUUCUCGCCUCAAAUUGGCCUAGCUCAGACUCAGCACCACCAACAUCAGCAACAGCAGCAGCAGCAAGCUCAGCAGCAGCAGCAGCGGAGGUCACCUGUAAGCCCUAAUCAGGCACCUUUUGCUCAGAGAAAUGCUGCUUACAGCCAUCAGCCCAUCAUGACCAGCAAACCGUCUUCCUCCUCUGCCUCCUCUUCUUCCUCCUCCAGCUGGAAUAACCAUCAAAACGCGGCUUGGAGUACACCCUCCAACCCUUGGGGUGGGCUGCAAGCUGGCAGAGACCCUCGAAGGGCAGUUGGAGUAGGGGUUGGUGUGGGAGUGGGUGUCGGCGUACCCUCCCCCCUCAAUCCCAUUUCACCCCUUAAAAAACCAUUCUCCAGCAAUGUCAUUGCCCCUCCGAAGUUUCCACGGGCUGCACCCUUAACCCCCAAAUCCUGGAUGGAAGACAACGCAUUCAGGACGGACAAUGGCAACAAUCUGUUGCCUUUUCAGGACCGGAAUAGGCCCUAUGACACUUUUAACUUGCACUCUUUGGAAAAUUCCUUAAUGGAUAUGAUAAGGACUGAUCAUGAGCCUCUGAAAGGGCGUAUGGGAAUAAACUUCCAUCAUCCAGGAACAGACAAUAUUAUGGCUCUUAACAGUCGGUCCUCGCUCUUUCCGUUUGAAGAUGGCUUUCUAGACGACAGUCAUGGCGAUCAGUCUUUAUCGUCGGGUCUCAGCUCUCCAACACGCUGUCAGAAUGGUGAAAGAGUGGAACGCUAUUCUAGAAAGGUGUUUGUUGGAGGUCUUCCUCCUGACAUUGAUGAAGAUGAGAUCACUGCCAGCUUUCGUAGGUUUGGACCUCUUGUGGUGGACUGGCCUCACAAAGCUGAAAGCAAGUCAUAUUUUCCACCUAAAGGUUAUGCCUUUCUGCUGUUCCAGGAAGAAAGCUCUGUACAAGCUCUGAUAGAUGCCUGUCUGGAAGAAGAUGGGAAACUUUACCUGUGUGUGUCGAGUCCUACAAUCAAGGAUAAACCAGUGCAAAUACGACCUUGGAACCUGAGUGACAGUGACUUUGUGAUGGACGGGUCUCAGCCUUUGGAUCCAAGAAAAACUAUCUUUGUUGGAGGAGUUCCACGGCCCCUCCGAGCUGUUGAAUUGGCAAUGAUUAUGGACCGUUUAUAUGGAGGUGUCUGCUAUGCUGGCAUUGAUACAGACCCAGAGUUGAAGUAUCCGAAAGGUGCUGGCAGAGUGGCUUUCUCCAAUCAGCAGAGCUAUAUUGCUGCUAUCAGUGCUCGUUUUGUCCAGCUCCAACAUAAUGACAUUGAUAAACGGGUGGAAGUGAAGCCAUAUGUGCUGGAUGAUCAGAUGUGUGAUGAAUGCCAGGGCACUCGCUGUGGUGGGAAAUUUGCACCAUUCUUUUGUGCCAAUGUUACCUGUUUGCAGUAUUACUGUGAAUACUGCUGGGCCAGCAUACACUCUCGUGCUGGGCGGGAGUUCCACAAACCACUGGUAAAGGAGGGAGGUGACCGGCCCCGCCACGUCCCGUUCCGCUGGAGCUGAACCCCAGGCCUCACCCAGCAACAAGUACUGGAGUAAAUAAAAUCGAGUGAAAAAAGAGCGCUGCCUCAGGGCUUAGUGUUCUGGAAAUCUGUGCAUUCGUCCUCGACUUUAAUGAAGAUAUGGGUCUUUUUAUUACUAUUAUUAUUAUUUACAGUCACAUUACUGAACUCAGUGUCCAGUAUAAUACAAACCGGCAGAGUGUAACUGUACUGAUUUUGCACUUUGAUUCACACAAACAUCUGCUUGGUACCUUAAUUUCCUACACAAGACUUGUCACUAGUGACAUUAUGUAGACUGCCAUUCUCAUCAGCCUUCACUGGGUUGAUGUGUAUGUGAUGAAGAUUUUUUUAUUAUAAUUAUUUUUAUUUUUAAACUGGAGCAUGCACUUAUUUUCAGAAAUUUAGGCUUGCCCCUAGCAGAUGACUUACCAAAGGUAAUAUUCACAAGUAGGUGGCAGAUGUAGCAAAAACUUAAACAGAUAUUCAGCAAUCAUUACUUUGGGUCAUUUCGAGUAGUAAUAACCCUUAAAGAAAAUAAGCCUUUAGUUGCUCUCCAUUUUGACUUGUAAGGAUGAUACCUCAUAAGCUGGAUCAGACUUUUUUUCUUUUGUUUUUGCUGAGGUUUUUUUGUUUGUUUUGUUGGGUUUUGUUUUUUUCUUUUGUUAGGUCUUUUAGUGUUAUGUAAAUGUAUGCUGCAAUAGCUUUUGCUGCUAUUAAAAUGGUAUUACUAAUACCAUAAUACUCUAUUCAGGCUAGGGUAUCAAUUAAAAAAUGAAUAUGUGAUUAAAAUAGUGAUGGCUGCUGAAAGGAGAUCAGUAUAGCAUACAGAAAAGCUUCCAAGGAAGGUCAAUAUUUUUUGACUGCAUGUUUACUUAAUCAGGUUGCUGCAUGCAAUAAAUUUUAUAUAUGUCUAAUAUAAAACCUGCCCACAAUGCACAAAUUAUGAAUUUACGUAGGCUACAAAAUGCUCAGUAACAACAACAAACAAAUUGAUUACUGACUGGAGGAAGGCAUGCCUCAGUAAAUGUAAUGCUUGUGAAAUUAGGAUCAGCCCAUUACAGAAUGACCUAUAUUACAACAAAUAUAAAAACUAGCUGUAGGAUAUUCUUAAAACAAAUUUGUGGAUGGUAGAUGAAGUACUUUGCGGUGCUCUGUUAUAUAUCGUGCAAUUUAUUUUAUAUAGUAAAGUGAUUAUGUCUAGUACUGUGAUCAAACUUAACUGUUAAAGCCUCUGUAUCCAACAUUAACACAUUCUUGACAGUUCAUAACAGGUACAUAAACAGAAAUGAGCUCUUAGUUACAAUCUGUCUCCUAAUGCUUGCAUCAUUUACGUAGCUGCAGACCUUGUCCAGAAAACCAAAGAGCUCAUGCUAGCGUACAUACACUACCGAUUAGAUAGUCUGUCAAACUAAGAAACUAGGCACAUUUAAGAAAGUUGGGAAAAAAGCGGUGCUAAAGAAAUGUCUGCGUAUAACAGUAACACGAGAUGUCUGCUCUGUGGAUGUGGCGUUAUCUCUAAUCCCUGGAUGUAUCCUGCGAAGCUUGAACACAAUUAAGACCUGCUAACACAGUGGACAUUUUUUUAGCAUGAACUAUGGGGCUGCAGAUAGCAUAUAAAUAUAAACACACUUGGUAUACUAAUGAUUGUGAGAAUGUGUACACUAUUUUUUUUCCUUUUCCUCCUUGAUUUUUGCAGUUCUGGGGACAAUCUGACUGGAUAUGACACCGCAUAGUAGAUUUAAAUGUUCUGGGUUCUGUUUGUUGUGAUGUCCUUGUUUGUGUCUAAUUUAGUAAGCUGUUUUUCCCACUGUUUAGUUGCGAGUAUUGGCUUUGAAAGGAUUUUUUCUGUUUUUGGAAAAAAAAAAAAGAAAAAUAGUUUUUUACUGGUUUAAAAUGCUUAUUAUAAUUAUCCCUUUUGAAGUUACUUCUGGGCGUUUUUGUGAUAUUGCUUUUCCCAGCCCAGGUGUCUUUUCCGUUUUUUUUCAUCUGUACAAGACAUUUUGUUAUGCACUACUUUUUGUAUCUAGACAGUUUUCAACAGUCGGCUGAUGAUUUUUUUUUUUAAAGAAAAAGGCAUGCUUUCUGACUGACAUGAUCUUUUGCAAUACCUCAAUUUUGAAAUAUAGGAAAGAAAAUGAUAUUUUCUAAGUAAGUUUAUUCAGAAAAAUAUAUAUUAAUUUAAUUCUGCAAGAAAAAUGAUUUAACAGAUGGUUAACUUUAUUUUUUUCAUGCUUAUUUGAGUUUUUUUGAAAAUGAAGAAGUUAGAGCUUUAUAACUGUAAUAUUAAAGAUCAUAGCUAACCUAACCUCGACUAUUUGUUGUUAUGUGCAAUACUGUUUGUACUGUUUGUAUAAAAAAAAA